AUGGCAGAGCGAUGGCGCCCUGAGCUGCAUACCUUCCACUUUCCCGAGGGUGAAAUGACGAUCACCCUCAAAGAUGUUGCCAUCCUCACCGGGCUCCCGAUCACCGGAGAUGCCAUCAUCGACAGCUCGAGAAAACCAGAAGAUGGUUGGGGGCCAUUGAUUCAACAACGUUUGGGGUUCAACAUGCCGACCACCACGCCCGUCGAAAGUCAUGGGCAUCCACCACUCAAUGCGGGGCAAGUAUCGAUCCCGUGGCUUGUUGACCACAUCCAGUUGGAGGUUAAUAAAGGCCCGGAUACUCCUGAAGAUCAGGUGGAGCGGUAUGCACGUGUCUACCUAAUUGGCUUGGUUGUAUGGGAUCCAUAUCCAAAUGAAGUGGUUGAGUUGCAUCGUCUUAGACAUCCCGAGGAUCAAGAGACAUGGUUGUGCAAGCCGCCUCCGAGCGAUUACGAUGAAGUCUUCCAGGCGGUGUUUAUGUACAUUGACAGAGUCUUUAGUAUAGUUCGUCCUCGCCAGCUUCUUUACUUGGCCAUUGAUGGUGUUGCUCCACGUGCCAAGAUGAAUCAACAACGGUCCAGGAGGUUUAAGACUGCUAAGGAAGUGGAAGAUGAAGCCUCUCUCAAGGCUGAGAGUCAUGAAUCAGGGGAAAACGAAUUGCCGGUCGAAGGGCAAUCAAAGAAGUUGGAUUCGAAUGUAAUCACUCCAGGAACUGAGUUUAUGGAAUUAUUGUCUUCAGCCCUCCGUUAUUAUAUUAACUUGCGCAUGAAUGAGGAGGAAGGGUGGAAAGGAAUAAAGGUCAUUCUUUCUGAUGCCAGUGUUCCUGGUGAAGGGGAGCAUAAGAUAAUGUCAUACAUACGCUUGCAAAGAAAUCUCCCCGACUUCAAUCCAAACACACGGCAUUGUUUGUAUGGUUUGGAUGCAGAUCUAAUCAUGCUUGCCUUGGCCAGUCACGAAAUUCAUUUUUCAGUCCUGAGAGAGGAAGUACGUAAGAUUACCUCUAGAGACAAUGGUACAAAAAGUGGUCAUGACUUGGGAAGUUUUCUGACAAAAUCAGGAAUUUCUCAGCAAUCGCCAGCUUUCUUGGACAAUUUAGCACACUUCAUUUCUGAGAGAAAAUUUCAGUUCCUCCAUGUUUGGAUUCUAAUGUACGAUUUAAGAAUCCCGGACUCAACAUCUGACACAGAUCUGGAGCGUUUGAUUGAUGACUUUGUUUUCAUGUGUUUGCUUGUCGGAAAUGAUUUUCUGCUACACAUACCAUCAUUGGCAAUCUCUGAGGGGGCUAUUGAUUUGCUUUUGAUGCUUUACAAAAAGGAGUUCGUCCGGAUGGGUGGUUACCUGACUGAUUCUUUUAAGAUAAAUUUGAAACGCAUGGAGCACUUCAUCCAGGCUGUGGGAUCUUACGAGAGUGUAAUUUUCAGGAAACGUAUUAAGAAGGGUGGUAGUGUAGACGCUCAAGGAUCAGCUAAUGGCCUUAAAAUUGACCCUGCUGCUGAGGUAGAGAAAUAUAAAGAAGGACUAUCCUGGGUUAUGCACUACUACUACUACUACUACGAAGGGGUAUGCUCAUGA